AUUAUAUCAUAUGAUAUGAUGACAAAUUCCAUUCACAAUAGUGUAUCUCUUCAUCCUUUCUUCUUUUUAAGAUAUAAAUUACACAUUACUUAAUAACUACUACUACUACUACUACAAAUUACUCCAACAAUCAUGAAGAUAUUAAGCCAUGGAUAUCUUUUGUUAACCAACCUCUUACUAAUAAUUUCCAUCGCUGCUAUUACUGAUGAAGCAGAUUACAUGUCCAAUCUUUUGAAAGCACUUACGCCAACUCCCACGGGAUGGUCUAACAAAACUCACUACUGCAAAUGGAAAGGCAUCUCUUGCCACUCUAACUCUUACAACUCUAGUCAACUUGUUACCUCCAUCAUGCUCCCAUCAAGUUCACUCACCGGAACACUCCCUCCAUAUCUCAAUAGUACUCUCACUUAUCUCACCCACAUUGAUCUCCACAAUAACUCACUCAAUGGUCCUUUGCCUUAUUUUAGUAACCUCUCAAUGCUCAAAACUGUGUCCCUUGGUCACAAUAACUUCUCAACCAUCCCGGAAAAUUGCUUUGAUACCAUACUUAGUCUCAGAACCCUCAACCUUAGCAAUAACUUGAACCUCUCCAACUGGGUAUUUCCUAUGGAUGAUUUACGUAGCUCCGAUUUUUUGGACACCCUCGAUCUCGAAGCUACAAAUAUGAUGGGCCCAUUACAUCCAGAAACAUUCAUUUGGUUUGAAUAUUUGCUUACUUUUUUUAUUUCUCACAACAAAAUAUAUGGAAAUCUACCCCAAUCUCCCGAUAACUCUAGAGUAAGGUAUUUACAACUUAACAACAACAGAUUCGAGGGUACAAUUUCCGUUAUAUCAACCAUGAGUAAUUUGUCUCAAGCGUGGCUUCACAAUAACAAGUUCGCGGGUCGAAUUCCUAACAUGUCCAAUUGUGCUAAUUUGUCUGAUUUGCAGCUUCAGUCCAAUCACUUAAUUGGUUUGAUCCCACCUUCCUUGCUUGCUCUAUCUAGCUUGAACAUCAUCUCUUUGGACAACAAUGUGCUUCACGGACCAAUACCCGUGUUUCACAAGGGUGUUAAAGCAACUUUGGAACCAAAUAACUUUUGUCGAAGUGAUGUUGGACCUUGUGAUCCCCAAGUUAUGAUUGUGCUUGAAAUUUUUGAAGCUUUUGAUCCUUAUCCUCCUCUCUCAAUUAAAGGGAACAAUGCUUGUACCGAAAGGGAACAAUCCUAUUAUUUCUUGAUUAGCUGUGAAAGAGGGAAGAUUGUUAGUUUUAAAAUCUUCGAUUUUGGUAUAGAAGGAACCAUCUCUCCCGCAUUUAGCAAUUUAACAAGUUUAGUGAACUUAACUCUAGCUGGAAAUUCUUUGACGGGUUCAAUACCAGUCAAUCUUACAACUCUGCCUCAACUUCAGCUUCUUGAUGUUUCUAAUAAUAAUCUAUCAGGACUAAUUCCCAAUUUUUCAUCGAAGGUUAAGUUAAAUACCACCGGCAAUGCUUUGCUUGUCCAAAAUAUGUCUAGACAAGGUGAAAAUGCAACUAUUGUGGGUGAUGUUCAAACUAGAGGUUCAUCUAAAGCAAACCUUAGACCUGUAAUUUGGAUUGCAGGAGCAUCAAUGAUUAGUGUUGGAUUUGUCAUACUUAUUCUGUUGAUUAGUUGUAAACGUAAGAGGUAUCAUAUUUUGGUAAAAAGGUGGGUCUUCAAGAAAACAAAAAAAUCUAUAGACCACAAUGUAGAGGAUUUCAUACAAAGUUAUAACUUGUCAGCGCCAAUUAAGCAAUAUAGAUACUCAGAAGUUAAAAGAAUGACAAACUCAUUCCGGGAUAAAUUAGGUCAAGGAGGAUAUGGUGUUGUUUACAAAGCAAGUUUACCUGAUGGACGUCAAGUGGCAGUGAAAGUGAUAAACGAGUCAAAGGGAAAUGGAGAAGAAUUCAUAAAUGAAGUGGCGAGUAUUAGUCGAACCUCACAUGUGAACAUCGUUUCACUUUUAGGUUUUUGUUAUGAGAACAAAAGAGCACUAAUAUAUGAAUUCAUGUCCAAUGGAUCAUUGGAUAAGUUUAUCCUUAAAAGUGGAUUUCCUGAUGCAGUUUGUAGUUUGGAUUGGAACACAAUGUACCAAAUUGCAAUCGGCAUUGCUCGAGGACUAGAAUACUUGCAUCAAGGAUGUAUUUCAAGAAUUUUGCAUCUUGAUAUCAAACCCCAAAACAUUCUUUUGGAUGAAGAUUUUUGCCCAAAAAUCUCUGAUUUUGGACUAGCUAAAAUAUGCCAAAGGAAGGAUAGUGUUGUAUCCAUGCUUGGAACAAGAGGAACUAUAGGAUACAUAGCACCAGAAGUAUUUAGCCGAACCUAUGGUGGAGUUUCUCACAAGUCUGAUGUAUACAGUUAUGGUAUGUUAAUUCUAGAAAUGAUUGGAGGAAGAAAGAAUUAUGACACUGGAGGUUCGUGUACUUCUGAAAUGUACUUUCCAGACUGGAUUUAUAAGGAUCUUGAACAAGGUAAUAAUAAUCUUGAGAAUUGUUUAGCAAAUUCAGAUGAAGAAAAUGACAUGGUGAGAAAGAUUACUAUGGUGAGUCUAUGGUGCAUUCAAAUCAAUCCAUCAGAUAGACCAUCAAUGAGUAAAGUAAUAGAAAUGCUACAAGGACCACUUCAGUCAAUUUCAUAUCCUCCAAAGCCUUUCUUACAUUCUCCUGAAGUGCCAUCAUUACAAACUUCAUAUGUGUCUUCCAGCAAUUUUUCAGAGACAAAUUCAGCAAAGACAACUGUGAAAAUGUGAUUAAACUUAAUUAUAAAUUGUAGGUAUUUGAGCUUCAACAC